AUAAAAUAGAGUUGGGUGUUGGGUGAUGCAAGAAUUGGAGUCCCAUCAAUUGGCCAAUACCAUGGAUUUUGGGAAUUCUUGUAUCAUCGUCAUCUUCCACUCUCUGUCUAGCCGCUUUUGCUGUCGUUUCUCUUCCUCGUCUGGUGCUUUGUCAUCGUCUUCCUUGUCUUCUGGAAGUACUUACUAUGUGCCCUAUAUGGCCGCAUGUAACCCCUCGUACUCCUUAAUCACUGCUUCUUAUUUCACUGCCAAGCCUUCUUUAUAUCCUGAAGAAAAAGCGUGAUUACCCCUUCAAGCUUCAACUCCUGUUUUCCUCAUUUAUUUCUUUUCUUUUCUCUCUCCCUCUCUCUGUAAUCGUCCCCCUUUAUCCCGUAUUGGAAAUUUAGUUAUUUUAUUGAGCCAAACACAAUGGUGGGUGUAUUUUUGUCUAAUGGUUCAGCAGCUUUGGCAAUUUGUGGUGGUUGCGGUUACAAUGGUGGUCUGGGUUUCAGGUAUGGUUUUGAUGGUCGUGGAUGUUGGAAUUUGAAUGAGAAAGGGAGGAGGAGCAAAUUUGUCACGACUACUGCAGCGCAGAUGAAGAGGCGAUCGAGCUUUUCACUUCUGGCCUCUUCUGCUUUAGCCACAACUAGAAUUGCAUCCCUUCCAAAUUUCAACCCGGAGGUUCUAAAGGCUGCUAGGGAGAAAUUUACACGGGAGAUAUCGUUUCAGUCCAAAGAUAAAGACAUCUCCAUUGCAAAGGCUUUGCUUUACAUUGCUGCUGAAGAUGAGGGAUUUAUGGCUUUCAAUAGAGAGAUGGAUGUUCAUUCACUUCAAAAUGAAAGGAAAGAUGCUUCAGUGCCAGCUGAUGCACAAGAGUAUAAAUGUGUCGAGGCUAUGCCCUUGGCUGGGAAGAGCAUAAAUGAAUGGCUGGCUGAGUUGGAUGCCAUUGCCAAAGAAGUUGAGGCAGAGCUAGUUUCAAGAGACAUAGGUUGCCAUUUAGUUGAAGUUUUGGAGGCAGUAAACGUAGUUCUUUUUGAGUUGAGAGGCUUCAAAAGGUCACCUGUACUAGUAGAUUCAAAAUAUUCAUACUUGCACUGGGUAUUAAGCUCUGGAUGCGGCAGUGCAAUUUUGCUUAGCGUUAUUUAUAUCGAGGUUUGUCGAAGACUAAAUCUGACCAUUGUGGGAUCUCGAGUUGGGGAAGAUUUUUUGAUAUGGCCCCAAACUGGAAACCCUGAGGAGCUAUUCAAGGUAACUUCAGGACACAGCUUGUUUGGAGUUGUCAAUGGAAGGUGUGUGGAAAACCCCAGAUCAAAGGCCUCAGACAUUGAUAGCAAUUCACUUUUGGGGCUUGAUAUUGCAACAAAUCGAGACAUUAUUGGGAUUGCCUUAGCCAAUUUGAUUAGGCUUCAUUGGAAACGUGCUUCGAGAAUGAACUAUGGACUGAUGCUAACAUCUGCGCUUAGGCCUGUACAUGCCGAUGAAAAAUUUAGCAAGAUUGAUGGUUCAAACUUCCCUUUGUUGCGGCCUCAAGAUCUGAGGUUCAAGAAUGUAAUAUUGCAAGAUUGGCAUGAGAAACGGGAGAAUUGUGAAUUUGGACUGAUAACAUUGUUCCACAUUCCAAUUAUGUUUCGUACAAAAAAUGCUCAUUGAAAUAUCGUAUCUGCAAAUUGUGCUGCUUGAAGUUCUUACUUACAGCCUUGACACAAAAUAUCUAGGCUGGCUAUUAUGGCUGCGGAAAGAUUACUUAUUCUCCAGCCACAUAAUUGGGUUUUGAGGAGAGACCAUGGCAUGCUGUUGUAUUAUAACAGGGAAUACGGAGAGGCAGUCCAAGAGCUUAGCAUUUGCAUGGCCUUUGCUCCAGAAGAAGAGGCUGAAGUUUUAGAAUCAUUUGUUGAGAAACUGCAUUUGUUACAGCUUGAAUCAUCAUGGAGAUCUUUGGGACAAAAAGGUCGGUUGACAGUUCCUUGACUUGUUCGUACAAUACAUUUGCCUUUUCCUUGACUUCAUGAACCCUUCCUAAACCAGAGAGAUCAUGGCUGAUGGCACUAAGUAUAAUCUUGUUUGAAACUUUGUAUGCACUUACAUCUAACCAUGUUUGAGUUGCAUGGUUCUGAGAAUGAGAUCAAUACAUAUUUAAAUACUGUUCCUCAACUCAAUUGAGAGACUUCAAAAGCAGACUACAUUAUUGGGGGUCUUGGUUCUAAUGUCAGGAGGCAUGAACAGCUGCUUAGAGAUGUGAAAUGGUGUCAUAUGAUCUUGGUUAAUUAGGUGAUGAAGCAGAUCUCUCAGAGGGUUGUGAUAUGGUAUGUAUUUUUAUAUGAAUGUACCAAGCAGUGUAGUUCUGUGGGAUAUAAUUUUCUUUUGGCUGCUGCCAAAGUAAUUGGUCAUUUCCUUGGAAGAAAGACAUAGUGCAACUUUGCCUUUGUUACAAUUCUAGCAAUACCCAUACUGAAUUUGGACCAAACUUUCAGUAAGUCAUAU